AUGAAAGACGGCGCGGCCGGCGACCCGCCCCCUUCGGGGCCUUCUGGCCCUUCUGGGCACCCGUCGCUCCCCGAGAGGCCCUCGACUUUCGCGUCGGCUGCCCCGGUCCAGGAACAGCCUGCUCAGGUUCUCUCGUAUUUCCCUGCGGCUGGGCCUGGAUCGGGUUCCGCCUCUCACCACUUGGGCUCCACACCUUCACUCCCCGCGGUCGCCGCAGCUCCCUUCCCUCUCCCCUGCGAGACGGGCCUGCACCACCCCAGUUUUUCAACUCCCCCGGGCUUCGCCGAGGCUGCGCCGCGUGAGUAUGUCUCUGAAACGGGCCAUGUCUCCUCUUCGGCCCCUAUCUCUUCAACAGCUUCUCUUGCGUCUUCGGGCCAUAGCGCUGUGUCUGGCCCUCCGGAGCCUCUGCCUGGAUCUCUCUUCGCCCCUGCAUACCCUGGGACUCCAGUCCCCGCAGUCAUGACGCCUGCUUCCCUCCCCGGCACCGGGCCUGCGGGUCCUGCUGAGGGAAACCUCAUGUCUGGCUCUCGCCUGCCGGAGGCCCCGGCGUUUCCUGGAGUUCCUCAGGCGAACCUUGUGGCUGCCGGGCUUCCGAGCGGCGGCCUGCCGCCCCCUGCCGCUUUCCCCACCGCCAGGGAGAUUGCAUCUGGCGUUUCUUCGGCCGCGGGCCUUGACCCGGGCUCAGGCCCUGUGGCGGGCCCUGGGUGUGUCGCGAUGGCGAAGAGUUCGCCUGCGGCUUCGGAGCCACACUUGUCGGCGUCGGAGGGCCAGCCACACAAGCCGCCGGUGCGAGAUGAGGCCGGUAGGAGUGGAGAGGACACAACGCGAAGAAAGAACAUGUUUCCGUCUUCUCUCACGACUCUUCGGGUCCUCACAGAGUUUCUGCGCGCGGCCCCGGCCAUGUGCGACGACCCGAACGUCCCGGAAAUCAGAGGGAGCGAGUUGAAGGACGGCAGUCCGUUUCUGCUCUCAGAUUUGUCGGCGUCUGCCUCGCUGUCGAGUUCCCAGUUUCUCUCUGCGCGGGUGCGAGCUGUGCGGAAGUGUAUUGGGUUGCUCGCGGAGAAUCGAGGGUCUGAGGCUUCAUGUGCAGCCGCUGUUGUCCUCCCCGCAGCACUUCUUCUCCUCCGACGCGUCACGCCAGUCAUGAAGGAGGGAGAAGUUUAUGUCUUCCGCCAGUCUCUCCUGACGCUGCUUCGUCUAGUCGCUGCUGGCACUGCCUCCUAUGCGUUUCCCCUUCUGCCCUCGGCGCUACGCUCCAGCGACGGCGGCUCCGGCGCCGCCGGAGAGGAGGGGCCGAGUGACCAGGCUGAAGGCGCGGCGGAGAGAGACGGUGACGGUGGCGCCAGCCAGGACGAAUCUAAGAAGAUCGAUGAGGCCCGACGGGAGCUGGAGAAGGCCCUCGACGUCGUCGCGGAAGCCGCGGUCGCGUGUGGGGCGAUGGAAGCCCCUAUGGCGCCGACAGAAGGGACAGAGGGUGCCGAGCAUCGUGCCAAACAUCCAGAACGAGCAGAGGAAGGCGCUUCAGGCAAAACGAGUCUUCCCGGCCACAUGGACAUCGCGGCCACGUGUCUCCACGUGGUUCUGUCUGACUGCGAAGACAACGCCGUUCGCGCCCUCUCAGUGCUCAUCGAUGUCGCUCGCAUUUCUUCCGCGAAUCGACCAGAGACGUCUUCUGCUUUUUUCUCUUCUCCGUCCUUCGUCGGCCGCAACCAAAAACCUCCGUUCUUCCCGUCGUCGCCGGCGGUGCUCCCGCGGGCUGGGGAGCUGCUCCAUGACACGCUGCCUCAGCUGUACACUCACCUGAUGGAGGCGAUUCGCGCGCAAGUGAAAAAGUGCAAGGAGACGGGGAAGCCCCCAGAAGUCGGGGAGUUGCCGCUUGGCGUUGUCAAUCGCGAAGCCGGCCAGCUCGUCCCUUCCGUCCUCUCCAUCCGCGUCGCCGGAGACAUCGCCUACUGCCUCAUCGCCCUCUCGACCAGACUCCCGAUGAUGCUGCUCCUGCUCCAACACCCAACGGCUCUUCAGAGGCUGCUCCAACACCUGCUUGAAUUCGUGAAGAUGGAGGUGCCUGGGGCGCCGGUGCUGCCACGGCGGGCUGCGGCUUCGUGGUACCAGGCGCAGGCGCAGCACAGUGGCGGCCGCACCGUGUUUUACGACUUCCUCUACGCCCAAACGCGUAUUUUCUUCCUCUUUUGUUACCUGAUCAAGAACGCACCAGCCCCGCCACCCGGCGCGUCUGGGGCCUCUCAGAAGCCGGGGACUGCGCGCAGUUCUCACCUCUGCGUUCCGACUGCCGACGCCGCGACGGCCGCGUCGCCUGCCUCCAGCGGCGUAGCUGAUCUCGCCGCCUUUCUGGCUCGAGAGGCGGCGCCUUCUCUUCCCGCGCUGAUUCCGCGUCUCCUGGGGCUGUUGGGGCCGCCGUUUCUGUUCAAGCGGAAGACAGUGCACGAAUCCCUCAAGCUGUUGAUUUCUUCACCGCGUUUCCGACGCCUCAUCGCGCCGCAUCUGAAGCAGAUUCUCUGCGACGAGCUCGCGGCGGUCUCAUCCAGCGUAGACGCGUUGAUGCUCCGAGCCUACGCCUUCACCCACAUCCAUGACCUUUUGAUUGCCUUCGCUUCAGAUCUCGCCACCUGGGAUGUCUCGUUCCUCGCCGCCCUCCUCCGCACUGUGGGCGCGGCCCUGAACGCCGACUUGGCCGCGGUCCUGGGCGCCGGAGAAGGCCAGGAUGCCCCUCGGCUUCCAGAGGGCGACGGUGGUCUUGCGCCCGGAGGCAGUGACGCAUCGACGGCGAGAAGAAGGCUGUUUGGGAACGGGACAAGUCCUGAAAACUCGGUGGCGAAUUUCCUCUAUACGCGCCAACUCCUCGUGAAAAUCGUGAGCUACGUGAUCGAAGUCGCCGUGAAAAAUGCACACCACGCUGGCGCCUUCCACGCAGCCGCCGCAGCCACCCAGGUGGUCACGGGGCUGUAUCAGGACGAGGCGAAGAAGGCUCAAGAUAUUGUAAAUGGCGAAAGAAAGGAGGAGCGAGUGACGAGUGACACCGAAGCCAGCAAUGCCCAGAUGGCCGCGGCCGACCUCCCGAAGGAGACAGACGCAGCAGAGGCGCGAGGGAGAGGAGACACCUCCCAGGCCUCGCCUCAUGGGCCCCCAGCCCCGGUUCCAGAGGUCUCCGUCCCGUCCGCCGCCGUCUCCUGGCGAUCUGUCGACGGUGGGAAAUUCGCCAGCCGCGUCGAUGAACGCCUUGCUGCUGUGAGGAGCCUCUUGCGUCAAGCCGUCCGGAUUUUGGCCAUCUCCCUCAAGGCCCUACGAGCGAUGAUUCCUGCGCUUUACGCACAAGCUGCGUCCAUCAGUAUCUCACUUCCUUCCUCGUCUUCGCCCUCGGCAUCCUCCUGGUACCCUCUGGACGUGUCAGGCGGCAUUCGGAAGCCCCCGUCGCGGCGCCGGUCUGCGUCGUCCCCGCCGGCUUUCUAUCCGCCCCUGCCUGCGUACGCGCUUCUUCUUCCCUAUCACCGUAGCCCACCGUCAGAGUCUCUGUUGCCGGAGUUUACGUUUCUGGCACCUCCGGCCCACUCGCCGCUGUCUCGCGAGGCCUGGAGUCCCGAAGCCGCGGGGGAUGUCUCCAUCGCGACCGUGGCAGGCGACGUGCUUGGCGCCCAAGGUUCCCAGGGCCCCGCAACGCAGCAGGCUCUUCACGAGGUUCUCAAGCAACUGAAGAAUACGCUGAGAACCACCGCAGUGGCCCUGAGGUGCGCGCUGUACUACCAGGCUGUUCUGGAGAUCGAAGUUGAGAUCGCAGCCACCGCGGCAGCCGACGCAGCGGCCUCGACAGCGAAUUCACGUUUUCUAGAGAAACGAGAAGAAGAACGGAAGCAGGGCCAAGUACCAUCGACGACCGCGGCUCCCGCCGAUGGGUCGGAACGCGAGAAGGGAGACAAAUUGCUGGUUUCAGGACAACUCAUUGGAUCCCCUGUGCCUGCUGAGAGCUCGAAGGUCGAGCGUGGAGCCUCCUGUUUCGCGCGUUUGGGGAGCACCCAGGGCCCCCCCGGUGCAGAUCCGAUCGCAGCUGCAGCUGCCUCGGCAGGGUUGACCGCAGCCUCCACAGCCGUAUCUCGAAUGGCCUUCGAUGUGAGGCUGCUGCCUCGCGGCCACGCACUCGGCGUCUCGGAGUUGGAGGUUCUUUCUGAGGCGUUUUUCGACGGCCUCGUCUGCGCACGGGCCUACGGCCGUAUGUACGCUGCAUGCACGGCGCCUUGUCUGGUUUCCUGCCUCCGAUGUGGGGGCUCCGGGGCGUUCAGCUUGCGGGUCCCAGACCUCCCGCAGCUGCUGGCGAAAGCGAGCGCCAUGGCUGCUCACGACCAGACCGCCGCGGCGACGGCCUGGCCCCUGCCGCCGCCGCCUUCGCAGGGCGACACCGACGUGAGCUGCGUCUGUUGCACCUCUGGGCCUCACAGGGCUUCACGUGGAGCCAGCAGGCCAGGGUCUCCCGGGCAGGGGGCCUCGGGCUUGAGAGGGGGCGAUGCCGACGUUGGAGGGGUUGCUUCGGAGAGUCUCGACUUUUCUUCCUUCUCACCGCUGACGCGCUGCGCCGGGGGCGGAUGUCGCGGCACCUGCUGCUGCAGCGAGUCCUGGGCGACGGGGACGGGCCGGGGCGGGACCGCUUGUCAACUGUUUGCGAGUGAACAGCAAGGGUAUAACGAGCUCGCAUUGACCUGCGCGCAGGCGGAAGAACGCGAAGCGGUUGAGGUCGUUGCCUCCUCCCUCACCUUUCUCCACCCUGCGAAUCUGAGGGAUUUCGCCCUGACGCACGUGGGCAGGUUGUACGGGAUGACAUGUCUCCACCCCAGCACCGUCAUGGCACUGCAGUUCUUCUUUGCUCACCAGCACACUUGCGUCUUCUUCGCAGAGGCUCUUCUCUCCUUCUUGCUGCAGUCACUACCGGUGCUGAGUGAGCGGAAGUUCGCCCUCUUGCCCCCACUCCUCGUCUCCUCGCCUCUCCAGCUGCGGCUCUUCGGGCUUCAGCACCCGGCCCAGGUCUGGGGAUCGGGUGGUGAAGGGAGGCGCGCAAACAUGCCGUUCCAACUGCUGAGUCCCAACACGCUCAAGGGGUCGCAGGCGUAUUUCUACUUCGGAAGCCCUCCAAGAGACGACGAUGAGAUGCGGGGCCGCGGCGGAGAAUCAGGGAUCUGCGACGAAACGGACUGGACAGUCGACAGCAACCGCGCCACUGUGUACCGGCAAUUCGAUGCGUGCAAGCUGCUCUCGCGCGAGGCCCAAAUGAGUGACCUCGUCAUGUCAGCCCUCGAUUUCCAUGUUCCUCUCCCGGGAGAAGGCGUCUUCACCUCUCUCGUCUUUCCCCACACGCCUCCACACUUCCAUCGCCACGGGCUCCGAGAGCGAGACUUGAAGCCGUAUCGACGUGAUCGAGAGAGCCGCCACGGAAGGAGACGCAACACAAACGGGGUGUAUCCUUUACAUGCAAAGCUCCUCACCAAUGACGGCGGCAUCGAGACGCUGCUAGGUUGCGACGAGUUCCAGGGGCGCCGUCACAAGAACGGGGUAGAAGUCAGAGAAUCCGAGAGUUGCUGCAUGUCUGGCGGGGGCUGUGGCAAGCGUCGAGAGAAAGUUCAUACAGGCGGCUGCGCCAAAGGAUUCAGCUCCCACCAGCUGUUCCUCGCGGAUAUCUUCGAUCUGCCGCCUCCUUGCCUGCAAGACAGAGCGGUGCUUGUCGCGGAUCACCGCCUCGACCUACAAGCAGGGACAACCGGCACGCAAGCAGGCGAACAAGGAGUUGAAGACGAUGAAGCCCGUGGGCGGGAGACCCUCCGACGCCUGAAGGAAGAAGAAGCUGUGGCCUUCAGCGUCUGGGAAGGCCCCCAUCAGCAGGAGCUGAGGCCCUGGUCUCAAGAUGACGCGGACAUACCUCCUUCAUGUCUCCCGACGCCUGUCGCCCCCAGGGCCUGCGCGGAAUCCGCCUUCGUUCCGGGCGAUCCACGCCUGACAGAGACGCCAUUUUCGCUUCGCAGCUCUCUGUACCUCCGUUCCCUGCUGCCUUUCGACCAGCAGCUCCCGAGCCCGUCCACGCCGUCGCCCCUUAUCGCCUCGGUCUACCCCCUGGCGUCGGUCCCGCCUCCAAGAGGUCCAUCAAGAGCUUCACGAGAUGCCUCGUUUGUCGACGCCAAGCUCCGAUCGGCCACCGGUUUCUCUGUGUCUCCGUUUCGCCGUCCGACGAACGUCGCAGGGCGCCGCCCUCCGUUGACAGCGCCUGCGGCUCUAGACGUGGAAGACGCAGCGUUUGAAGCGCUUCAUUUGCUGGAAAAGAUGAUGCAUCUGAUUGCACCCUGUACCCCAGGUCCGUCACGCUCUGCGUCUCGCUGUUCUUGUAACUCUCGCGCUUCUUCGACAAGCGCGGCGUCCCCGUUCCCGGCCUUCCCAGGCGACGCGUUGCCUGCGUUCUCCGGGCCGAGAGAUACGGCGCACGUAGCUGGAGGCGAAGAGGGGGUGCUGUACAGCGGCACAGGGUACGCGCGCAUGACGGAGGCGAACACACAUCUGCGGCUUUAUCGGUACCUCCUGAAGGCCGUGGUGGCGUGGCCGGAAUGUGAAGCGCGCCUCACGCAGGAUCUGUUGCGACUCUGCAAAACAACACUCUCUCUCGCAGCCGAGGCACCCCAGCCUUACCUGCUCCUGGGGCUGCUUCGCGCGCUGUUCCGCCAAACGACUCCGUCCGGACGCAGCAGCGUUCUGUACACCGCCUUCCUGCCGUUCCUCCCUGAGUUUCUAUCCACAUCGCGGGCCCUUCAGCGCGCCGCCGGCUCGGCUGUCCCGCUACUAAGAAACCUCUGGGUGGAGGUCAGUCUGAUGGCCCCGGCGCGACUGAAGAAUCUUCUGCCUCACCUUUCCUCCCUCGUCCAUCCGGUCCUGGCGGCGCUAUCGUGCGGGGACCCGGAGGUCGUCACUCUCGCCCUGCGCACCGUCGAGCUGUGGGUGGAGAAUCUUCGCGGCGAGUACAUCUAUCCGAUUCUCGCCUCGCAGUUCCACGGCGGCGACAGAAGCGGGACCCGCCCCCCUCUUCUUCUCGCGCUCCUCCGCCUCCUGCAGCAGCCCCCGGCGCUCGCCGAGGCCUGCUGCGGACCCCUCCCGCCGUCUUGGGGCUUCCCCGCCCUGCGGCUCUACCACGCCUCAGGGGCCGCUCCCGACGUGGGUGGGGAACUGGCGAAACGCCGCUCUGGCGGGGCCACCACCUCGGCCGGGGCUGCUGGGGGUCUCCUCCAGUCGUGCCCCUCGCCCUUCCCCUCUGGAAGCCCUGGGACCUCCGGGGGUCCGGGCUCCGCGCCUUAUGGGCCCGCGGGACCCGGGGCCUCCGGCACUGGCGCCACGGGUGCAGUGGUCGGAAGUGCUGUCUCCGGCGGACAGGCCGGGUAUAUCGGCAGCUCCAGGGGCGGGCUAGGAGGCGGUGGAAGUCCGUUGCUGCUGAGUCUGCCUCAAAUGACCUUCGGGACCCUGUCAACAGGCUUAGGAAGUGUCGGGACGGGCGUCGGGACUGUGGGGACUCUGUGUGGGGAAGGGACGACGCUCGGACCCCGGGGCGCGGCGGCGAGUGGCAUUCAGUGGAUGCAUCUGCAGCACCAACAGGAGAAACACGCCUUAAUGGUCAUUCGCAUUCUAGGGAAGCUUGGAGGCAAAAACCGGGCCUUCUUGAAACUGCCCCAUGUCUGCGCCCCCCGGCCUUUCUUCGGGAACGCGCUCGUCCUCGGCCUCCCAAUGGUGACGCCUCGAGGGCCUGUUCGAAGUGUCUCCUGGUCGCGGGGAGACAGCGAGGACGCCCGGAGCACCCCUGUGUCAUGGGUCUCCCUUGGGCCAGAACUGCGCGUAACUGACAAAUUGAUCCCAGGACAAACCCCAGUAAUCCCAGUUUCUCACAAGAAUGAGAUUUGCGAGAUUGACAGUUCUAGGCCAGAUGCUUCGCAUGCAGUCUCCCCGGGGUCCGCUGACACCCCCAACGCUGUAGGUGAGGGAGGGGCUGAGGCAAGCGACCAAGAAGAGGCUGAAGAAACAGGAAUCCGCGUCGCGGGGUUGGACAUGGACGAAAUUCUCCGGGUGAUUGUCUCUAUGUUGGAAGCCGCCGAAAGCCCCAGUCAGGCGGCUUACCUGUACCAUGCAACGACCCCACAACUCACAGCUUCGGUGCUGCCUCGGCAUCUGUCAAGGACGCAGGAACAAGCCAUGGGGCUCUCUGGCACAUUGGCCGUUCCUCAGACGCGCUUGUGUGACAAACAUAAGAGAAGCAGAGACGCAGAAGAACAGACAAUGGAGGGCGACACCGGUAGCGGGUGUGGUCGCACUGGGGCCACAGGAGGCCCGAGUGAAGCCUUGAGGGCCUUGAAGCAUGCGCUGGAAAUGCAGGCACAAAUGCGGCUCAGAAAGGGAUCGGAUGAUCGGCGAGAAAAGAAGGAUGACAAGACGGGAGAAGAUGUGCAAACGAACGAGGAGGGCGCCUCCUCGACAGAGACGUGUGAGGGUACAGCCAGCACGGACGAGGACAGCGAGGGAGAGGAAGGCGCAGAAGGACCUGAGACAGGAAGUAAAGAUGGUUCAAGUGCCCGCGAGAAUCGACAGAGAGAAGCGAGGAACAGAUCUCUGAGACUCGAGCUCUCGGGUGUCACAGUCUGCGAAGGCUGCAUAGCCGCGUUCUAUCGGCAGCAGGCCUCUCGGCUUCUACAGUUGGCGGUUCUCGCGCUCCUGGACCUCAGCACCCCGCUGUCUGCUUUUUGGCUUGCCUGCGUCAACAAAGCCACUGAAACCUUCGCUGCGUCGUCGCCUACUCUGCCGUUGGACGCCCAAGUGCAAGCCAUCCAGGAUCGCCUUAAAUUCGCUCUCGCGACCUCUGCCUCGAUGUCAGCUUUGGCGCCAGACAGCUCCACUCAACCGGAUAGAGCAGCCGCGACCGGUAUGCAUGUAAACUACGAGAGCACUAUCCUCGAGAAGAAGCUUCUCGAGCUCCAGGAACAGCGAACGAACUUUGCUGGAGACAGGGCCCUCCCCACAGCGGCGUUGCGCCCCUUGCUUGACUACGAGAGAACCCGCGCGGGCGCAACGCCCGAAAGGGCCCCCCCACCAGAGGAGACAGAAGAAGGUCAGAAGGCCGGGGAAGACGCAGAGCCAGCUGGCGCGUCUCUCGGGACAGCUGCGCUGGUCUGUUCAAGAGUUUUACCUCGACAUAAAGCAGCGAUGAGGACAAGCAUGCAGCGUCAAGCAGAGCAAGACCUCAUUCACCUCCUUCUGCGAGGGCUUCUGCUGCUGGCCUGCGACGGCGAGGCGGAGGGAAGCCUGCUGAAGCAGAAGCGAAACCGUCUGGCUCUGGAAGCGAACGCGCGGCGCGAGAACGAGCGCAGGGCGGCGGAGACAGAGAGUCCGAUGGAGUGGGAUGAGGAGACUGACGAAGUCAAACACCCCGAGGACGAGGUAGAAGAAGUGGUGGCGAGAGCAGACGAACAGGAAAACAGCGAAGACGGCCUUGGAGCGAUGGAGUUCUUAAGGGGACUGCUGCGGCACUUGGCUUUCAUAGCCGCUGCCAGGAUCUACAAGGCGGACUCGGCCGCUCUCUUCAUUCCCGCGGCUCUUCACGAGAUCGAUCCUGUCGGCCUUCUCCGGGGUCUGCAGCCGUGCCUGUCUCUGGAGCCUUCGCGGUUGCUUCCGACGCUUCGUUGCGUCCAGCUGAUCGAAGAGACAGCCCGUCUGUUUUGUGUCGUGCAACCGCACUCUGUGUCUGAGGCGAUGGAGUCUUUCUUUGCCUCGUCGCUGUGUCAGCUGUACGCACACCUGUGCUUUGCGGAGUCGUGGCGGUCGAAGGCUGCAGGGUGUCUGGUGCUCAUUCGCCUUCUGCGGACGCUGCCGCCUGAGUGGGCGCAACGGAACAUGGUGAAAAUCGCGGAAGCCGCGAUGUUUGUGUCAAAAGACGCGACUGCUCAGUACGCGCCCGCCACACAGCUCCUCGCCUCAGAGUGUCUCAUGCUCCUCUUCACCGUCGCCUUCUGCGGGUACGCCGGCUCCGUCCGGCCCCCCUUCCUCCAGCUCGCGUUCGGCCUCAAGACCUCGCCCCUGUGGCGAGAAGAGACGUCGGGCGAUGGAGCCCGAAAACGGAAGCUCGCAGGUGCGUGCGAAGGCCACGAUGGCGAGAACGACCGUAAGAGACGCCAGACUACGCGAGGCGGAGACGACGACGAGGCCAGCGAGGCCUUCCAGAGUGCGAUGGAAGAGGAGGUGAGCGAUGGGGAUGUCGAGUCCGACGACGACGACGACGACCAGGAGGCGAGAGAUCUGAGGCGCUUCACAUCGCCCCCGGCCUCAUUCCUGGAGCAUCUGCGCCUCGCGGCGGAAGGCUGCCUCUUCCGAGCCCACUAUGCCAACCUCGCGAGCCCUGCGGGCGCCGCGCGGGUCCUCGUGCCCCCCCCGCUGCACGAAAGCAGCCCCCUGGGGUACCGGGACCGGCGGAGCCGCCCCGCAGGGUCGCCGUGGUGGAUGAAGCGCAGCGAAUGGAUUACCUGGGAGACGCUGCGGCAGCAGAUCGCAUCGCCUUCAGCUGCCUCUGCUUCCGAGCUCGCGUCGAGGCCAAACGCAAGCGAGGCGCCCGCGCACAGUGGCGAGACACCGGCAGGCGCACGCAUCUGGCGCCCCGCAGAAGAGGUAUGGACGAGCUUGUGGAAGGUGUUCGAGAAACUCGUGAUCCCCAACUUGUACCAAGUGCGCCCCGAGGCCCGGCGGCUCGCCCAACAACUGUUCGUUCUCGUCCCGCGCCUCUUGGGGACAGACGCCGCGACGCUGCUGGCCAAGGGGCCGGUGCGCGAAGAGAGCGAGGAGGGUGCGGCGAAAAGCCGAGGCUCUUUGCAGGAAACAGAACGAGGGCCAAGGUUGCACUCUCGAGGCAAGGGAGACUCAGAAGGCAAAUGCCCCUCGUCUUCGGCAACGCCGUUCGCUGCCUCUUCCUCGGCCCUCACCCGGGUCCUGAAGUGGGUCACCCUUCGCCCCGUCGCCCUUCUCACUCUUCAAUGGCAAGCCGCCUUCCUCGACUGCAACUGCUUCCUCGCAACUCUCCGGCCGACGCCUCACGCUCUACGCCCCCUCGCCUCUACAUCUGAGGCUCCUGGGAGCCCGGGAGGCGAGGCCGGACGGGACUCGGAGGGGCUGAGUGCCUCCGGAGAACUUCCGGGAGGCGCUUUGGGGAAUGGGAAGCAGAGCGAGUGCGAAGGAGACUUUGCGAAUUCGGAGGCAGCCGCCGUGGUGUGUUGGAUCAUCGAGGAUGCCCUCGCGGUCCUGGCCAAGGGUCUUGAGGCCGAGGCGAUCAACUAUCCGUCUCCGUUACUCGUGAAGCAUGAGAAUCCGGCAGCCGGGCCGAAAGAGCGCGGCGAGCCGAGGGACGCUUCGCUCUCUCUCACCGGCCCAGACGGCGCGAACGGUGACACCGAGAAGGACAGUGUCGAGGGCGGUUUGGCGGGACAAGAGCGAGGGCCAUGCAGCAGCGAGGAAGCGCCUGAGAAAGGCAGAGACACAGAGGCAGGAAAACCCCAGAAGGAAAAGUCUGGCGACUCUGCCGUCUCGCCUCUCGCCUUCAGUGUCGCUCACGCUGGCGUUCGGGCCAUGGCUGCAGCGACUGCCGCCGAAGCCCCCGCAGCUGAAGGGACUGCUGCAACGAAAGACGAUGCCUACACCAUGACCCUUUUGCUCGCGCUCCGCUUCUUGAAGCUCGCUCUUAUCCACCCCGACUGGCAGGGCCUUCUGUCGCGGCCGCGAUCGGAGCUGCAGAAAAUUGCCCAGCACUCGCGAGCGAGCGUCGACGGCCGCGAGGGCGUUUUGGGGGGCGCCGUCGCGGCUGAGGCGAAGACAUCGGGCGAGGAGAGAGAGACAGACGAGAUCCCAGAAGGAGUUGGAAAGACCCCAGUCGAGGUAAUCAUGAAGGAGAACGGACCGGCGGACGACGACGCCUCUGCCACAUGCAGAGUGGAAGCCACAAAGGACGGAAAAGAAGAAGAAGAAGGAGGCCUUCUCCUUGAAAAGAGUUUGAACUCGGACAGGUCGAUGCGGGAGCACUGCGGAGCGAUGCUCGUGAGGUUCCUCUUUUUCGCGGAAGUCGAAGUCGCCCGAGGAGCUGCGCAUGCAUUGCGAGUGGCUUUGACAUUUUGCGGCAACGCGGAGGUUCUCCUGGGUCGAGCGCUGCCCUCUGUUCGGCGUUUCUUCUUGGCAUGUCGACCUGCGUCUGCGUUUCCAGCUCUCGCCUCCCUGCUCGCGUCUUCUCCCAUUAAUACGUUCUUCUUCCUUCUCUAUUCGCCGGCGUCUCCGCCUCCGUCCAACCUCUCAGACGUCUCCUCCCUCUUUCGGACCGCGGCAUCGCUGCCUCUGCCCGCCCCGCCGAUUCGCUUUGUCUCGCCGUCUCUCAUGCGCGCCCGCCUGCAGGGCCUAGCGCGUCUCCUUCAGCUGCUGCCUUGCGCGUCGUCCUGUCUCUCGGUCUCCUCAUUGCUCUUCGACGCAGAAUUCGCCGAGCACUUGCUCGUCUGGUUUCUCCUCUCCCACCGCGAAGCUGCGGCCUCUCUCGAACACGCGGGGCUGCUGCAGGAGAGACGGAAACUGUGGAGAGACUUGCUUUGUCAGCGAGGCCAGCGAGGCGAGAAGGCGCUGCCGCGCCCUCAGCCCACUACACUUGGCAGUCUCGCCGGCCUCCGAGGCGCCAAGGGCUCCGGGGGAGUCUAUGGAGAAGGCGCCGCUGCUGAGUACUUCAGGCUCUGCGGGACGCUGAACGCGGCGGCCACGGAAGUUGCGGCGGCCCUCCUAAGUUUAUUUUCUUUUUUUCCUGCCUGCAGCGAAACGUUCCUUCGAGCGGUGCUCUUAGAAAUGACCUCGCCCAUGUCGCGCUUCCCCUUCUCUUUCGUCCCCGGGCCCGGCGUCUCAGGCGACGGGAAGGCGGCGAGAGAACAGAGGGACGACACUGGCUCCGUCGCCGCGAGUGCCGCCGCCGAACAAGCUAGCCAAGACACCGAAAGGGAAGGAGAAAACAGAGGAGCAGAGAAUGAAGAGGGGGAACUUGAAGAAGAAAAACACGUUCUGGCGAGCGCCAAACCCGCCAGUUUGGUGUCUUGUCCUUAUCGCCUUUCUCUCGGCUUCUUCCUCAGCCGAUUCGCAACGGAAGCCGCUCGCGUCCUUCUCCAGCCUCUUGUCGCAGCAGAAAAAACAGAAGACACCUACGCUCUCAUUCUCCAGCAGCUCAUGCAAAUGCGCCACACACGCGUUCUUCGCCUUAACAUUUGCCGGCACCUCGCUUCGUUGGGGCGUGCUCUUCGCGUCGAGCGUGUGGCUUGUUCGUCGGUUCGAGCUGUUUUGCGGCUCUUCAUGGGGCUUCGCCAGACACAGCCGGAUUUCCUUUUUGCACAGUUUCUAGCGUCGCAGUACCAGCGCAUGCAGAGACCAGAAGCCAGGAAGCGACCCAGUGAGGGCGGGGAGGAGCCUGUUGUCUCGGCUUUGUGCGACUUCGUGGAGGCCGCGGCUGCGAGCGUGGUGGACGAGGGCGGACCGGGUGUUUGCGGGCGAGAAAGGGAGAGAGAUGAGCGAGGACAGCCGCUUUCGGAGGUCGACGAGAAGGUCGAGACUACCCAGUCUCCGAUCGAGACUCUCACGGACAGCUCGGAGUUCUCCGCCGCUGUGGACAUGCUCGUUUCCUUCUUCCAUUUCGCCUCCCUGCCGUCGCUACAGGCCACCGUGGACCCCACCCUCCUCACCCUACUUGUCUCGCCUCCUUCGUCUGGGUGUGAAGACAAUACGUGGUUUGCAGCUAUGCCGCGAGAGUGGGCUCUGUCGCCUGUCUCUUCGCUCUCUCAGGCAGACGUCGCCUCGGGAGUCUUCGAGAAAACGGAGGAGGGGACUGUCUUCUCCCGCUCUGCGUUCGCGUCGCUUCUAAUUCAUCUUCAGCCUUCGCUGUCAGAGCUGAGGACCCGGAUCACUCUCACGGUCGCGCGCUGUCUCGCUCUGGACGCUGAGGGCGGCUCUGUGCAGGCCCUAGGGGCUCUGCGGGACUUUUUGGUUUCAGUGGCGCUCCCGACUUUGUCUGUCGGCGAGAAAAAGAAAAUCCUUACCGCAUGCAUGCACCACUUGCUCGCGGCGGUCUCAGGUGCACCUGCAGCUGGGGUCUUCGGGGAGGCCCGAGGCCCGACCGCGGGGGUCGCUCACGCGGGAGGCGUCGAGGAGAGGAGACGGAGACACGCGGCGUUAGUCGAGGAGGAGAAGACGAACGCGGAGGGCUUUCUGAGAGUGCUUGAAGGCGCAACAGACACGCGAGAGGAGCGGAAGUUUGCGUGCGACCGAGGGGGCAAGGUCCACUUGCGGCUGCUCGCGAUUCAGCUUCAGUUUCUCGUGAUUCCGAUUCUCAACGAACUUCUCCCGCCCGUCGAUGCCUCCGACACUCGUGUCGUUGACCUCGACGAAGGCGGAUACGAAUCGUCCAAAAAGGGAGAGAGGACCCUCGCCCGGGCCGAGGUCGACGCUCUGGUCUCUUUCAUGGGUCACUUGGCGAUCCUCGCUUCCGGCUUUUCUCUUCGCAAUCCCCAGGAGCGUCUCGAGGGUGACACGGCUCUGGUCGGUGCGCGCGAGAGAGAGACAGGCAGCACAUGGGACGACGACAGCCUCUUCGAGUGUCUCUUUCCACCACGGCUCGACGACCGAACGUCAAUCCAGCUUCUGCGGCUGAUUGCACUUCUUCUGCCAUACCUCGGCGGAUCGGAGCUGGCCUCGCCCGCCGUGUGGGCGUCUCCUCCAAAGGCGGCGCUCGUCAGAUUCUGUUGGCUGCAGCAGCAACCGCCUCAGAGCGGCGAGGGCUUGCACUUGGUGGGGUCGGGGACGAACAGGGUCCCAAGCGCGGAAGAGGAAAGCAGCUUGUGCGCCUUCGCUCGCGUCUCCAGUGUCAGCAGCGUCGGCCUCCAACAUGUUGCGCUGUACGUGCUGGCGCGCUUUGGAUGCAUGUACGCUCCGACGCCGCGGCUGCACCUCCAUUUGUUCUCCUCGCUGCUCCACGCCUGUCCGUCACCCGUCCCCGACAUGGUCGCCGACGCCCUUUCGCGGCUCUUGCCGCUGCUGCCAGCCUCGUCUGCCGCCGACGUCUCUCUUGUGCAUGCGCCGGCGUCGGCGGCCUUGGAACACUUGCCUUUCUCGCUCUCGGGCACCGCAAGUCUGACGAAGGAGCGGCCGGAGCAAAGGGGCACCGGCGCAGUAGGGGCGCUUCCCGUCGCGCCACCGUGGAUUCGCGUCUUCCUGCGGACGCUGCAGGAAAUGCGCGUUAUGCCAUUUCUGGUGCACCCCUUCCAGUGUCUGUACUCCUCGGAGACGCUCUUCUUUCCGUACCGCCAGGCCCUCGUGCCGCUGCUUCUCAGCACGAACCAGCAUCUGCUCCGAUACCAGGCGCCUGUCGGCGUUCAAGCCCCAGCCGCGGGCGCAGCCGACCAGCGGGCGCAUGUGUUGAAUGUGAUUUCCGUGAUUCUCGGCUGGGAGCUGCGGAGUGCGCUCUUCUCAGUUGUGCUUCAACGUAGCUCUGCAGGCGAGCCCUCGGAGACAGCUCGAGAGGCCAGCGAGAAUGGCAAGGAGGACGAGGAGCUCGAAGCCGCCCGGAAGAAGCCGCGAGUCGACCAGGAGUCCGAGAGUCGCCGAGCGGCACCCUCGGCUAGGGGCGGCAAGGAAGAACACGAUCGCCAGCAGGCGACGGCAACUGACGAAGUUCCUCGAGAUGAAGAGGAGGCGUUUCUCCAAAUGCAAGACGAACGUCGCGUCGCGCGCAUCCGGAGCGUCUUCGCUGUCGCACACACUUCCCUCCGGCGCAAUGAUUGGUUCACCAGGUGCUGCGAGCAGCUCAUCUCCCAUGCGUGUACGAUCAAAGCCCGAGUUCGUCAAGACAUUCUCUCCCACGGCGCCGACAAUUCCCCAUCGAGAGCCGCCGCUGCCGCGCCGUCUGUCCUGACGCAGGCAGUCGACGCGGCGCUGUUCAGGCGACUCUCCGCAUCUGAAGUGAACCAAAUAUCCCUGCAGCUCAUCCGGUGUCUGACCUUCCUUCCAUCCUCGCCUUCGAGCCCCGCUUACCCCAUACAGGCGGCCCCUCGAGCCCUCAAGUGUCUCGCGCUUCUCCUUCAGCUGAGACCCUCGGCGUCCGUCCCACUCGUUCUCGUCGAGCGACUCUGCUGUCAAGCGGCGCAGACCUCCGGCGUCUCCUCGUGGUUGACGGAUUCUGUGGCGGGGGGCGACAGGGCUGUGGGGCAGGAGAAAGAGCGUGACAAGGAGCGAAGUUCGUCAGACAAACCGGCGAGUGGUUCUCAGUCUCCAGGGGGUGCUGUGGCCUUCACCCGGCUUCUCCUGCUCGUCCUCGGCCUCUGUCACGUUCUGGUCCAACAGCGCGGCGCCGUCUGCCCCUGCGAAGCUUGCUCGGCGGGUGUAUGCAAAGAGCGACGCUCACAGAAAAGGCGACAGGAGGUAGACGAGGGGUCGCCUGCGGAGACAGAGAGUGCGAAAGACGGGGAGCUCAGGGCGCACGCCGCAGGCCAUCCCGCGUCGCCAAGCACCCCGAGGGAAGGGCAGGAGAUGCCGACAGAAGGGAGACAGGGAGCGGGGAUGGGCGAAGAGGAGAAGGACUCCGAACAGCGAGGAGAGAAGACAGACACUGAGUCCUUCAAGUACGAAGAGAAGAAAGACGACAAUCUGCGAGAAUGCGCCUGGAGAGAGUCCCUGCCACAAAUCGUCGAGAUCAUCCUGUUAGCCGCUGCAGGCUCCAGCGAUAGCCGCGUGCUUCUCUCCGUCCAGGCCCUCGUGGCGAAACUUGUCCUUCUUCACCCCCCGUCUGAACACCUCGUCAAGGCUGUUCGGAGCGGUCCGACAGCGUUUGCGUCCUGGGCUUCGUCGCGCAGCUUCACGUCUCCGUUUCCUUCGACGCAGGCGGCGACGUCGCCACUAGCCCCUUGGUGGACUUUGCCUGUGACGCUGCCUCUGUCUAUGAAGUCUGCACGGACGACGCAGGUGUCGUCGCCAGUCGACUACUUUUACUACCGUUUGUUGAGUGCUAUUUUCGCGGGAUUCCAUUCGUGUGCAACUUCCUCCUUCCCCUCCUACCCCUUCUUUUACCUCCUCACUGCGGACCGGCGAGCUGACGCGCAGAGCGCCAGGUCCCUCGGCGUCUGGGCAGAGCCCCGUCGCCUGGCCAUAUCCUUCCCGGUGUCUGUGCACCUCGCCGUUGCGCUCUACUCCCUCGCGAGUCUAGACGUCGCUGCCGGUCUCAGCUUCCUGUAUUUUCUUCUGCCUUCUUCGCUGCAUGCGCUGCUCUCCGUCGUCUACGGACUCCGUGAAUUCGCCUUGCUCGGGAGUCGAGGAACCCCAGGGACCUCAUCGGGCCCCUGGGCACGCACGCAGGCCCCCGGGGCGUCGGGCCGCACCGCCCCAGGGCCUGCAGGGCGACUGCGCGAUGGUGAGGUCCAGGCCGGUGGGCGGGAGACACAGUUCUUCUUCGGAUCUCCGUUCGCGAUCUCCGAGGAAAACCUCUCGGAUCUGCAGCAGAGUUUCGGCCUUCUUCUCGGUCUCGUGACGGCGUCUCCUGCGCUUCUUCGUCUCACCCCGGUCGCCACGGAGAUGCUAGCCGAGCUCUUCAAGGCAGUGGGUGGGGGCGGGAGGCCCCUGGGCCGGCGCGAAGGUGACAAGAAGGAACUCGCAGAUCGAAGCAGAGAAGAGACGACGCCGGCGUCGCUUCUCGUUCUGCCGGCUCUCCUCGCCCUCAGCAGAGUCAUGGUCCAUCCCACGGUAGGUCUUGAGGACAUUGUCACGGGCGGGGACGCCUCGUCUCUCUCUAGAGAUCUCCGCUGCCAGCAGAAGGCGAAGAGGGCCGUUGCGGAGGUCGAGGAGACACCCUGUUGCGCAUGCAGGAAGGCCGAGGUCGCUGGCCGAGAAGAAAGUGGAAUGGAGACGGACAGAAAGGUCGAAGACGACGAAGAAGGCUGCUGCUGCCGAAGCAGCCUCAUUGCGCGAGAAGCCGUCCAACGGUUGACACCUGGGAGUGCUGUCCGUUGCCGUGGUCGGUACGUGAUCAGGUGGUGUGGCAGAGGCGGCAGGCGAGAAAAAGAAAGAGGCAUCGAGAUAGAGAACGAAGUCGCAGAUGAACACCGGAGGCUGCCCACGGAUCUUGAGUCUCCCAAGUCUGGCUGUGAUGAGGUGUCUCCUGUCUCCGCGGGUGCGCCUCUCGCGAGUUCCGCGGCCUCUCCAGAAGCAGAGAUGCUUCGCGCCAUGCGGGUCGCUUCCUCAUCGCAUGCUGAGUCCAACGGCGAGCACGAGGAAGAAUGGAGCUUGUGGGGCGUCUUGGCGGCAGCAGCAGUCCCGCAAGAAGCAUUGCUUGGAGGACACACCGGUCGUAGCGGCUUCUCUUCGCGCCUCCACCGCAUCUCGCACCUUCCCUCGCUUCCCGAGAUCGUCCGGCGCUUCGCUGCCAGUUCGCGACCCGUCCGCUGGGCCGAGGAAGAAGAGAGCGAGAGGGCACUGAAGCACGAAAACGCGAAAGAGAAGUGUGGGGAGUCGCCCGUGUCUCCGAGCGGGGACAUGGCAAAGAGCGAAGUCAACGGCGAGUCGCGCGAAGCGGAGCAGGCGUCUGCAGCCUCUCCAGCAAACAUAGAGACGAAGAAGAAGGCUGCGAGGUCUCCGGAGCGACUGGCGACAAGGACGAAAAGAUGCUGCGGAGUUUGUGCUUCGACACGAGCGCGAAAAUGUGGGCCUUUCACCAUCGCGGAACUCCAGAGCCUCCUUCUGGCCCUCGCCCCUGCUGGUGACGGACACGCGAUGGUCGAGGCCCACCUUCUUGUCCACUCUCUCGUCUUCCGUCUCGCCUGUUUCGACGUCCCUCUUGCGAGAGACUACCAUGCCAUUCACCGACGCGUCGCCCUGUUGCUCGCUGCCACCGAGGAGGCGGAGGCGCCAGGCGAGCCCGCGGGGGGUGCAGCGAUCGGAGGCGGCGUGGCGACAAAUGGCGUAGGUGUGGAGGUUGAAGCGAGGAGACGAAGGAGUACUGUCUGUUUCUCUUGCUUGAACGGACUGCUUGCCGAGCACAUGGAAGAUCUCUUCCUCUCUCAGCCUCUGCUUCGCUGUUUGCUCUUGGCUGCCCAGUCGGCACUGCCCGCUAUUCGACACACCGCCCUCGAAUUCUUGCAUGCGCGUCUCCCACCUUUCGCGACGCUGAACGACGCGCGAGGCGUCGCGCAAGGGCGCGCGCCUGGCGAUUGCCCGCUGUGUGCCAUGAAGCGAGACGAAGCCGACGGACGAAAUGGAAGGGCAAGGGAAGGCGAAGCGAAGCGAUGGAGCAGAGACGAAGCCGAGGCACUCGAAGCGAGCGCCGAGAGACUCGUCUGUCUCCUCGAGAUCGGAGACGCGUGGGAAAUUGUUGGAGGGAGACCUGGCGUCCUUCACACGAUUCUCACACUCGUCUUCAUGGCCUCUGGAGACUUGCAACACCGAGAGCUCUUGGGAGACUCUGACGGCGCCCGGCUGCCGCCUCUGCUUCCUGCGCUCCCCUGCCUCAGUGCACCUUCUCCCAGUUGGCUCGACGCGACUGCCGAGUGGAAUUCAUACUCGGUUUUCUCCCUGGACCGCGCCGCGUUAGCGCUCGCAGCUCGCGGCCGGCAGCUGUCGCCUUAUAUUCGGGCAGCUACGCAGAUCUACGCGUCGAUGUGCUCGCCGGAGUUCCCGCCGCCGGCGCUGCCCUUCGUGCUUCCUAGUGCGGAGAAGAGCGCCGGGACGAGGCAAGAUUCGCGAGAAAAACAGGAAGCAGAGGCAGACGAACGCAGAGUUGAGAAUGCAGAGGGCGCCGAGUCACCCGUGGGUACGAGAGCGACUGCCGCGACGGGCGAGGCUUGUGUUUCCAACACGGGGACUGGAUUCGAGCAAGUGACACGAGAGCGAAGAGAGAAGAGGCCAUUUGAAGCUUCAUCGCUUGUCCUGGAUCUCUCCUCUCAAACGUCUUCGUUUGCAGAGUGGAAGGCAAAUUUUGACGCUGCUCUUCGCCUCCAUACCCGUUUCCUGGCUGCUUCCUCGACUGUGCUUCUCUUCCCCUCUUCCUCAAAAUGCGCCUCGCAUUUUCCUUCGUCGUCUACUUCGCCUUUCUUUCUCCCCUCUGUCUCUUCGUCGUCCUCCUCGUGUCUGCUUGAUCUUGCCUUCCUCGCCCCUCGGAUUUGCGCGAGUGUCUGGGCGUCGCUCUUCCAGGUCCUCUGGCGCGCUGUGGGCCCGACGACGAGGCGCCUCAUCACACGUGCAUUCACGGUGUUUCUCGCAAAUCCUUCUCACCUUCGAGUUCCCUUCCUUUCCUCCCUCCCUCCUUCUCACCAGCGCCAGCAACACCACCUCCUUCUCUCUUCUGCUUCCUCUGCUUUACCUAACAGCUCAGCAUGCGCGGGAGCGGCGACAAUUCACCCGCUGCUCUCUGCCUUUCUCAGGUGCUCGCCGAUACCUGUCUUCCCCUCGGACUUGCUUUUCUAUUUGGCAAAGACCUUUGCGUGCUACCACGAGGUAUUGCCUUUGCUGCAGAAUACGUUUCUCUGUGCCUUUUCUGAGCGCGUCUUCCCCCGACCGGAGAAAGUAGAACUCACAGAUCUCUCGCCAACCAGCGCGAACGGAGACAGUGCCGGGGCUUCGUCCCUGGAGGACUCGCGCGGACACACAAAAGACCAAGAAGGAUCCAAGACAACUCCCGAGACAGACGUGGACAUGGACGGGGGAGACAGUGCCAACCGCCCGGCAGAUGCCGUUAAGCGGGAGCCCCAAGAAGAGGCGCGAAGCAGACACAGCGAAGCCUCGGCAGGCACGGCCUUGGACUCUGUGAAAGAAGACAUGGACGAUGAGGAAACAGACGACGACUCGCUCUGGCAGCUGCAGAGCGGCGCGGUGGCGCGUCAGGCUGCUGUGUACCUCCACGAGCUGUACGGACAGCUGGAGGAGCCGGACUACGAGGCCGGCGUCGUCGCCUCUCGCCUCACGACAGCGGAAGGCAGUGCAGCGCUUGCCUUCCUCCAGCAUGGUUUCUACAACCAGGCGAAGAACCGCAUUGUGGAGGCCAUGAAAACUGUUGCGUCGCCGCGUGCAGACGUGGAAGACGAAGAACAGAAAGAAGAAGUAUUCUGGUGGAAUGUGUGCUGGCUGGCGACGACGAAGCAUCUGAAUCAGUGGAACUCUCUCAACGAGUACGCGUCAAGUCUCGGCUCCGAAUCCCAACUGGGUCUCGACUGCGCUUCCAAACUUCAAAACUGGGACCUCCUUGAACACAUGGUUGACGCCUACGGUGUACAUACCCCGUACACAAAGCUGUGUCAGGCCUACCAGGCGCUCCACGAGGUGGUCUACCCUCGAGGCAGGCAAGACGGCGAGGUCGCCCCGUGGAUGCAGACGCAGAAGCUACGCGAGAUGGAUCUGCGCUGCUGCGAAGGCCAGCGUCUGCUGCUCUCGUCGUGGCGGCGACUGCCUGCUGUGAUCACCGAUGCCCAUAUCGCUCUCCUUGUUCAGUUCCAACUCUAUGUGGAGCUCCUUGAGGGCUACCACCUGGUCGUCCAUCUCAGUCGAAGACUCCAGAAGGGAGGCGAGUUCCCCGCGGCCCGGACGACGCUGAACACGUGGCGCGAGCGGCUGCCGAAUACCUGGGACUCGAUCGACAGCUGGAACGACUUGUUUGUCUGGCGAAACUUUAUUUUCUCCAUCAUCCAGUCCACCGUCACGUCCUCGCCGGUCCUCACGCCUUCGCAGAAGACCUCGUGGCCUGCGUACGUUCAGGACAUGCCCUGGACCAUGCUCAAGUUCGUCUCCAUCGCUCGGUCUCCCAAUAGACUCCGGGAAGUCUCUCUCGCCCUCUUGAUGAAAAUGGACAAUCUGCCGGCCAUGAAAAACCCUGCGUAUGCGACGGAAGCCUUCAUUGCGAUGACAGAGAAGGCGAAGCUGUGUCUAGGCGACCCGGCGCAGUACGCCACUGGUCUUCAACUGCUCAAUGCAUUCGAUUUCGACUUUCCAGGACCUUCCUCUGUUUCGUCCGCUGCUGCCUCCCCCGUCGCGCUUUGUGCCGACCCCCAUGUACAACAGCAGCUCGACGCCCAGCGGCUGCAGCUCCUCAGACUCAAGGCGAUUCUCAUGUUCCGACUCUACACCUUGGACCGUCCUAAUGCCUUCCAAGGCGUCAGUCGCGAAGAGCUGCUGUCGGGAGCGGACUCUCUCCUGCGGUCCACCCUUGCGGUGCAGCCGCUGUGCGGCGCGGCUUGGCUGACUUGGGCGAAGAUGAACGAAAGUCUGUUUUUCCUACACAACGGACCCGCCACCCUGAGCGCUCUCUCGGCUUCUGCCGAAGCAGCCGAGGGAGAGUCCAGUGACGCAUGCGAGACGCACAAAAAGGAGGAAGAGGAAACUCUCGUGAGAUACCUCUUGUCUGCAAUGGUUGGCUUCCUCAUGAACCUUCAGCUCCGGCCAGCGAAAGGGCGGCUCUAUCUGUCGCGGAUUCUUUGGCUCCUCUCCUACGAUGUAGGGCCGAGAAGGCCUCUCGCGAAGGCCUUCCGACAACUCGCGCCGUACUGCCCCAUUCGGUGCUUCCUGCCUUGGCUGCCUCAGCUCCUCAGUGGUCUUGAUCGGCCGGAGGCGCCCGAAAUGGAUGCAAUUCUGUACCAUCUGAUGCUGCAGCUGCCACAGGCAGUCUACUUCGACGUCCGAACGGCGUACAUGGAAAGACGCGAGUACCACGCUCAGCAGUCGUCUGCAGGCUCCUCGGCUCUCACAACGCCCCUCUUUUACCUCUCGCGUCUCAUGUCGCUCUUCCGAACCACCUUCACUCCUCAGUGCGUAGCCCUCGAACACCUUGCGGAGGAGUUCGUCACCCAGGCGAAGCCUUCUUCCGUCGACGAGAUUCUCUGUGCCGUCCGGACGCUCUUUCAGCAGUGCCUCGAAAUCAGUCACUCCCACACAAAGCUUCCUCCCGUUGCCGCCCACUUCCUCAAGGUCAACAUCCUGUCGAGAUACCGCGCUCGCUACGGUCAAGGAGCUUCUCGGGCCCCUGCACCAGAUACGCGUUCAAGUGGGUCAAGUCGCAGCUCUCGAUCUGCGCCGGGGAACAGCGGGAACGACGAAGCGGCGCGGCGCGUGAUGGAGGCGCUGUGGCCGCAUUUUGAAAAAGAUUUCACCUUCGAGUCUUCGUCCAUUGACUUGUCAGAUGUGAUUGUGAAGCUGAAGAAGUGGAAAGAUCUUCUCGGCCGGCGCACUCAGCUGCUGCAGCGUGGCUCUUCGCUGCCUCUCGAAGACAUUUCCUACUCUCUGUGUGACCUCUUUCUCCGGGUCAACGUCCGCCUCGAGGUACCCGGGCAACUCUGGAAGUCGAUCAGCGACCCUGCGAGUGCCGACUUCGAUGUCGGCGUCCAUGGGUCCAUCGGCGGACUCCUGCCCCCAACGCAUUCACACGCGAAGCCUGCUCCUUCCUCUGUCUCGUCUUCGUGGCGAGGUUCUUCGGCCGCCGAGAAGCGCGACGCGGACGACAGCGCGAGGGGCGGGCGCAGCGGGGCCGGAGGCGCAGCCGCGGCUCUGAUGCAGGGCGACGAAGAGGGCAGCCGAAAGGCAGAAACGCAAAAAGAAGGAUCUCAGUCUCUGGUCCCGCACGCCUUCGCUGCCGCAGGCGCCGCCUCACCCCAGACCGUUUACAUUGAGGGCUUCGCUAGCGAGGCGUCGACGUCCACGCGUUCGCACUACACGCUUAAGAGACUCGGAUUCAUCGGCAGCAAUGGAAACACCUACUACUUUGUGGUCCAGCCAUACAGCACGCAGCAUCAACGCACUGAGCAGAGACUUCUUCAACUUUUGUCGCUGAUCAAUCAGCUACUCUUCAAGUUCAAGGACACCCGCGGUCGAGGUCUGUCCUUCACACUACAUGCACAGAUCCCGGUGCACCCGCGCUGCCGGCUGAUGGAGGACCCGCCGAGUUUGCUGACCCUUCAGGAGAUUCUGCAAGAAGUUUCCGCGAGCGGAUCUGAGACCUGUCUCGUGGACCCGGAUCUUCCUGUCUUGCUUCACCGGCAGCUGAUUCGGCUCCAUCUCCAUCGGCUUUUAUUCGAGAAGGCGCAGGAGCUGAAACGGCGUGGGGUCGCGAGCAUUCCGAAGGGUCUGCAGCAGUACAUCGAGGCGUCUGAGGAGGAGGGAGCCCGAGGGAAGAGCGAGAGAGCAGAGGACGACGAGGAGGCGGCCGCCACCGAAGGCGAGAGCGACGUGAGGGGGGACAGAGAGGGAAGAGACGAAGCAUCUGGGGAACGCGUGGUUCCGGAAGAAAAGGGGAAAGAGGCGACUGAAGAAACAUCGGCUGAGGCGAGCGCAUGCGCUGCAGCGGCGGCGGCGACGACCGAGGCUGGCGAGGUCAAGAUCAAUGGCAGUGAGGAGAAGCUGGACGAGACGCACGUGAAGGCUGAGAAGAAGGACGAAGACCAAGAGGACGAACGCGUGACGGCUUGGUACAACGAUGUCUACCGCGCGUGUCAGAUUCAGGCGGCGCAGGAAACAUUUGACGACUUGUGCGAGCUCGUUUCCUCCGAUGUCCUUCGUCUCUUUGUCGCGAAUUUGCUUCCGAACAACGACGAGCUGUUCGUCUUCAGAAAGCGCUUCACGCAGAGCGUCGGGCUCUUUGGCUUGCUGAACUACAUUCUUUCGAUGGCUGAUAUCAACCCGAGCAAGAUCCGCCUGUCGCUCGAGACAGGUGUCGUGUCGCAGCUCGAACUGAAGCCGUGCUACAAUGGAUCAACCCUGUCGCUGGACUUUGUCGAGCGCGUUCCCUUCCGCCUCACUAGGAACAUCGAGAGUUUGAUUGGUCCCUUCGGUCGCCUCGGUGUUCUCCCGAGUGUCAUUUUCUCCUUCGUUCGCUGUCUCCGCCGGUACAAAGACCACCUGUCGAGUGCGCUCUGUCUCUUCGUUCGCGACGACAUCACGGCCUUUCACAUCCAGCGAAAACUCCAGCACAGCGCACCCAGUGGAAAGGGCAGAAACUCGCCGAUCCACCAAAUCCUUCCUACGCGCUCUCUAAAGGAAAUGUCCGAGGCAAAUGCCAAGAAAAUUCUCGAGGCCAUCGAGCGAAUCGAAAGCGCUCCAGCUGCCGCAGCAGAGAAGGCCACUGGCGCCUUGGCACCCGGCGAGGCCGGCGACCGGGAGGACCCACCUGUAAAUCACCACGUGAUGAUUCUCCUGAGCAUUGCCACAAAGAAGGAGUUCCUGGCGAUGAUGAAACCUACGUGGCAGGCAUGGUUUUGAGAGGGGAGCAUCCUUAGUACGCCGGAGGCUGAGGGCAAGGUGUUUGGUGUCCAUGUUAUCUGGCACAAACCGUCUCAUUCUCGUUUUACGGGCAUAAAUGAAUGCGUGGUUAUGUGUCUACAGUGCAGCUUGCCAUGGACUGAAGAAAUCACUAGUCGUUCUGGCACGAGUAAUUCUGUUUUGAACACGAGAGUUGUUGAAGUAUUUAUAACGGUGGUUUGCAGUUCAUUCGGUAGCUGUCAGUGUUUCUCGUGUCGUCGCCCAAGAGAGCCUCGCUGUUUUUCACCGAUGUCAUGAUUCCUUCCUUUUUGUUCCUCCUCAGUUUUUAUCGGUCCUCUUACGCUUUUUAAGUCAGUCCUGUGAAGGAUGUACUCCUUACGACACUGAACUGGAAACAACUCAACGUGACGUUUGAUUAUUUUGUUUCGGUCUUCGCAGAGGGAUUCGUUGUGACAAGUGCCAACGGCUAGAUUGUCUAAGUUGUCCGGUGUGACGGUGGGAUGAGCAUCCGGGAACUUCUUUCGGGAACACCAGUUAUCCACUUUUCC